CGCCAUGAGUUUGCGAAGCCUACUUCACAUUGUCCUUCUUCUUUCCGCUGCGGCCGAGAGAAACUUCCUCCGCGGCGAGAAUUAUGAGCUGCAGGGCUUCUCGAGGCUCUUGGGCUUCGACCAGUCCUCGCCGGAGCUGACGCGAUUGUUCUCGGAGAUCGAUGAGGGCAUGAAGCCGAUCCGGCACCCCACCUUCUCCCUGGAAAGAUGCUCUCAGAUGGUGGAGGAUGUCGCAUCUGCCGCAGGAGGAGGUGAGAACUUCGUUCACACAGGCCUCUUCCUGCCAUCGGCGGGGGGGCCCGCUGGCUGGCAGGACGCCCAACGCAAGAUGCGGCUGGGCAUCCUGUCCUUCCUGGCCACACAGAGCAACACGUCCAAGCUGUGGUUUUGGACCAACGUGGGCAACGAGUUCCUCCAGGACUCCUUGCGCAUGUUUGAGGAGGAGCGCUUCCGUGGCAGAGUUCAGCUGCGACAUUUCGAGGCGCGUUCCGAGUUCGCGCAGGUGGUUUCCAAUGCCACGGAGAGUAAUGCUCUAGCGCACGUCUACGAGGCACAGACCGACGUGACCUCCAAAAGUGACCUGCUGCGGGCGGUGGUGCUUCACAACUAUGGUGGGUUCUGGAUGGACACGGACGUUCUGCUGAUCCGGGACCUCACGCCAUUGGCGCAAGAGGACUUCGCCUACCUGGGACAGGAUGACUUCGUGAAUAACGCCUUCAUGUCCACCUCGAAGCCGCGGUCGGCCUUUAUGAAGUCCUACCUGUCCUUGGUCCUUGCGAGACACCUCAGCACGAACCACUUUGAGUAUGGGCCCAGCGUUUUGACGGAACUCUGCCGGAAGAUCCAAUCCUCGGAGAUGCCGAGCACCUUCCAUGUGUUGCCCGGCUGCUUCUUUGAUGGCGCCUGGUGCGGCGCCAGCGCCGCAGUGUACUGGGACGACUUCUUUUCCAAGAAGGCCUCCAAGGCCGGAGCCUCCCGAGGAGAAUGUGGACUACAUCACUCCAAACAACCACAGUGCGGCGUUCGCCUAUCAUUGGCAUGGCCGCUGGGAGAAGCCGAUGGUGGAGGGGUGCCUGGCCUCUGAAGCUGAGCGCAUCUACGCGGAGGUGUUGCACCUUGACAUGCGAAGCAUCCGGCGGCUCUAGUUGGGACCCAAUGGCCACUGCUUUACCACAAUACCAAGCAAAGGUUGGCGGCAAGUGGCAGGUUGGUAAGCAAUAAGCCAGUUCGAGGGCAGCAGCCAAGUUGUUUGAUGGGAACCUGGGAU